GCGCAAUGUGCCGAGAGUCCAGAAGUGGCACAUGGAAACCAUACUUUAAGUCCGCUGUGUUCAACAUGGCGCAGCCACCGGUGCGCCAAGGACAAGUUUUAUUUUUGACAUGUCACCUCCGCCUUUGAGCAUCCUGCGAACGCGAGUAAACUUUUCGGACAGCACCAAACUCACUUCGGACAGCCCCUCUUUCUACUGUCACGUCUGCACAGCCGAUCGCAGCAACGAGUGCGCGCGUGCGAUCCUAAACCUCUCCGAGGUCGUCAAGCGCCUGGCAAAGACUGCGGAGUCCGGAUCGAAAAAGAGAGACUCGCAGCCUUCAGGGGCAGCAACACAGUCAGCUUAGCCAGCGAGCAGAAGGACAAGGACGGAAAUUAUCAUAUCACACCAAACCAUCCAAAUCGCUCCGAUCUGACCAGGAAGUGCAAAAAAGAAAGGUGUAUGUAUUAUUUGACAAGAAAGUGAAAUGGACAGAGAAGCCGUCACGAGCACCAUUUGGGGUUUUGGCGUUUGAAGUGAGAAACCCGAAUUAGCGGAGGAUGGCAGCAUCCAGUAAUUCCAGUUUAUCGGGGUCUUCUGUGUCCUCUGGUAAGCACAUUUUGAAAACAAAAAAGCAGUUUUCGGUGUCAUUCUUUGCGAGAUUCUAGCUGCGCCGAAGUCCGGUGUUGUAAUUCCAGCGCUGCCGUGAUGCGCACGCUGACUGACCACUUGGCAGUGAAAAGUUUAACAUGGUUCGCGAGGUUGCAUUUCCAGCUGCCGAGAGAGAGAGAGACCACCUUUUAAAUUGAUCCGAGACGAGCUCUGCUUCUGCAAACUGCGUUCGCCUUGCUCGAAUGGAAAAGUCUGCUUAUUUUUGCACAUGCUUCUCUGCUGCCUGCAAUGAUGCUGAGGAUUAUCAGCCACCAAUAUGGAAGUCAUACUUGUACCAGCUACAACAAGAGGCACCUCGUCCCAAACGCAUCAUUUGCCCAAAAGAGGUGGAGAACAGACCCAAGUACUAUGGCAGAGAGUUUCAUGGGAUGAUUUCUCGAGAGGAGGCUGAUGAACUUUUUGGAGGUGUCGAAGGCGCGUACCUGAUCCGGGAGAGUCAGCGCCAGCCUGGGUCAUACACGUUGGCUCUCAGGUUUGGCAGCCAAACUUUAAACUACAGACUGUUCUACGAUGGAAAGCACUUUGUUGGGGAGAAGAGGUUUGAAUCGAUCAACGACCUUGUAACGGACGCCUUGAUAACCCUCUACAUAGAAGCAAAGGCAUCGGAAUACAUUUCCAAAAUGACUACUAAUCCAAUUUAUGAGCAUGUAGGGUAUGCAACACAGCUCAGAGAGAAGGUGACACGGCGUCUCAGCAAAACCAGACAGGAUUCCAAAAAGGUGCCUCUGGUGAGAGAAGACAGCAACACAGUGGAUAAGAUCACUUCACUGGUCCGGAGAGCAGCACUGAGGGAAAACGAGAAUCACUUCAACUAUGAAAAGGCUCACAAUUUUAAGGUCCAAACAUUCAGAGGCCCUCACUGGUGCGAGUACUGUGCUAAUUUCAUGUGGGGGCUCAUCGCUCAGGGAGUCAGAUGUUCAGACUGUGGGCUCAAUGUUCAUAAACAGUGUUCUAAAUACGUUCCCAACGACUGCCAGCCUGACUUGAAGAGGAUCAAGAAAGUUUACUGCUGUGACUUAACGACUCUUGUGAAGGCACACAAUACACAACGACCUAUGGUGGUGGAUAUGUGCAUCCGGGAGAUAGAAGAACGAGGGUUGAAUUCAGAAGGACUUUACCGAGUCUCAGGGUUCACUGAACACAUUGAAGAUGUUAAAAUGUCCUUUGAUCGAGAUGGGGACAAGGCUGAUAUCAGUGCUGAUACAUAUGCAGACAUCAACAUCAUUACUGGUGCACUGAAGCUUUAUUUCCGAGAGCUGCCAAUACCAGUCAUUACUUAUGACGCUUACCCUAAAUUCAUAGAAGCUGCAAAAAUUACAAAUCCCGAAUCAAGACUAGAAGCAAUUAAUGAAGCCCUGCUUUUGUUACCUCCAGCCCACUAUGAGACUCUGAGGUACUUAAUGACGCAUCUUAAAAAAGUAACCACAAAUGAAAAGGACAAUUUUAUGAAUGCUGAAAAUCUUGGAAUUGUGUUUGGACCUACAUUAAUGAGACCUCCAGACCAAAACACUCUAACCACUUUAAAUGAUAUGCGAUAUCAGAAGUUAAUUGUGCAGCUUUUAAUUGAAAAUGAAGACGUAUUGUUUUAAAUAAAUUAGACAUUUCCCUUUUCCAUUAUAACAUCUAAGAAGACACUGGUACUGUAAUAUUUCUUGUGAAGGCCUGCCCUUGAGACUUACUUAUAUUCUGCAGUUCUGCAGAUGUAUAUCAAUGUUAUUUCUCUGUCUUAUAGACAUACUCCUGAUGAGGUAAGGGCCAAAAAUGCUGCUUGUCCUGUAUCUUUAAAAGCCACUCAGUCUUUUAAGUGAAUUUUAAAUGUAAUUUGUUUGACUCUGUCUCUAUAGGACAUUUAAAGCUGCACUGCUUCUGUUUUGUACUCAGAACAGAUUUGCUCUUUUGUUCAUCUGGCUAUAGAGCUGUGCAAAUAUUUAUAUGCAUGUUAUUAUGCUGAAUGUAAAUCAUUGUAUGUUAUAAAUUAAUCUUUACGAAAAAAGUUACAUAGAGUAACAAUAAAACAAUGUUAGUCAUAAAGCUAGUCUUGCUGCAGGUUGAACUAGAUAAUUAACUUGAUAACCGUUUUUCAUUAGUAGUGAAGAUUACCUUUAACAUAACAUAUCCAUAUUAAAAUUUUCAAUAAUCAAGGAGCACUUUUCCAGAAAAAUCUUCACAAUCACAGCAUUUUUAAAUGUAAAAAUCAAACACUUUUAUAAAUUACAUUUUCAAUAUUAUAGAUUGGUAUUAAAAAGAAUAAAGUUUCUAACACCAUAAUAACUAUAUACCCAUAUAUACACAAGAAGAGUAUGUCUAUGCUAAAAUAUCAAGUAUAAGACAGAACAUGACCCUGGACAAGAUGUUAGUCAGUUUCACUCCCAGUCUUUAUUUCAUUAAAGACACACAUUUUUGUGAUGAGACCAGAGUGUGGAAAAAGGCAAACAAACAUGGUGAUGCAUGGAUUGAUCAGAUUUAAGGGCUUUUGUUGUUCCUUGAAGAACAUUAAAAUUGUUGUGUCAGGACAGUCUUUGACUGAUAAACUCAGACACAUUGUAAAAACCAUUAAAUGCAGAAAUGUGAAAAAAUACUGUAUGUCAGGAGGCCUCCGUUUUAUUUUUACUUUUUACACAUACUAUAGAAGCCUGAUGGAUGUUGCCAGUUUCCUUAAGAUCAAAAGUGGCCCGUUUUAUUCUUUCAGUCACUAAAUAUGGAAACAUAUUUAUUCUGUACUGUCUGUGGAUACUUGAGGUACAAAGAAAUUUAAUCUGUGUCUGAAAACAUAUUGAAAAUGGGAAUAAUUAACAAUGAUAUUAUUAGGUAAAGAGUGCUGGCACUGUGGCUAAGGAUCUGUGCUGGUAUCUGAAAGGCUGCCAGUUCAAAUCCUGUUACUACCAGAAGGGAUCCUACUCUGCUGGGUCCUUAAGCAAGGCCCUUAACCUGAAAAUUGUUCCAGGGGUACUGCACAAUGGCUGACCCUGCACUCUGACCCCUAAAAUUUCAUGCGGAAAGACAAUUUCAGGGAUUAACAUUAAGUAUAUCAAAUCAAAACAAUAAAAUGCAAAUAAUUAACAAAGAGAUAUUAUUGCUAAUAGCAGGAGUAAUAAGUGCAAAAUCAGUAACUGUAGACCUUUGACAGUAAAUUUGUUUUACAGUGUUAAUCCUACAUUAUUACUGUGCUAAUAAGAAUCUAAAAAUACAAAAUAACAAUAGCAACUACACCUUUCAAGAACCAGCUUUUGCAUCUUAUCCUUUGAUAUUAAUACUCAACCUACUGCAAAUAAAUAUCUGCCUUUAAUCUGUAGGUGUUGCCUAAAGCUGUCAUUUAAAAGUGCAAUUUUUAUGAUCACUUUUGAGUUCCACGCCCAAAGCACUUGUGCUCUGAAUACAUUAAUGGUGCAGUUUUAAAUAAAAUAUAUGGCCCAGUAGUUUGCUGGAAGAUGUAUGUUGCAUUUUAGUGUAGCAUUGUCUAAAUAAUAUUGCUUUUAAUCUAUACUUUAUCCUUCUCAUUACACAUGCUGUAAAUUUAAGAACAACCUACUGUGUCUUAACUUGACUCUUAAAUCUUUUUUGGUAUUUAUCCAUUCAUUCUCUGAGCUUGCCUUUCCUAUUACAGGGCUUCAGAGAAGUGACGCAUAUUCCAGCAGCAAGUGUGAAACAAACACAUGACAGGAGAUUAGUCUACUAUUGGAGUACACUGAAGCACACAUUUACACUGAGAAAAAUUAUAGACACCAAUACAGCUAACAUGCUUGUGUUUGAGAUGUGGGGAGAAGCCUGUUCAGUUACAGAAGAAACCAUUGAAACAUGCAGAGACAAGUAAACACACCACACAGACAGGCCCAUAACUGAGACUAGGCUCCUGGACCUAAGGUGUAGCAGCAGCAACCAUGGUAUGAUCAUGCCAUCCACCUUCAGAGAUACUGUGUAAAAGAGUUUGAUACAUUUUAACAAAUACUGAAUGUGUACAUUGUUUCUACUUUAAUCUUAAAACUAGUUUUUAUAAAAACUAAAAUAUUAAGAAAACUCGAGAAACUGCAUUGUUUUAUCAAAGUUGGAGUAUGUUUAUACAAACACAAAACAAGUAUAACUCAUUUCAUCACAUUUCUCAUCUGUAUGUACAGUGAAUACUUAGUGAAUUUUUAAACAACUGGGUGGCUUAUUUGUUAGUUUGAGAGGACAGAUAAGUAAACUGUGAACAAAAACAUGAAAAUCUGUUUCCAAUUUAUUAACAAUUAAAGAUACAAGGACAAUCAAAAAUAGGUCCCCUAAAGAAUAUUUAGCACUUUUCCAUUUUUUCCUUAAGAUUGUAUUUACUCUGCUUGUAAAACAAGUUGAAUGGUUCAGAUGUCUUGUUUCUGUAUUUAUAAAAGUAUUUUGGGAACAAAAUCUUGAAAUAGUUUCAUUUAUGUAAAUAUUUAUUAUUGAAAUAUCCUUGCUAUUUUAUUUUAUACAUAUCAUUUCAGAAAUGACAGAAGGGUAUUAUUACCAAAAAUCUUUUUGAAGUAGCAUUCUCACUUUACCUUUGUACAAUAAUAUAAAAAUGGUACUAGAGACACCAGUGAAUAGAAAAUGUAUUUGCAUUUCUAACUAUGUACAUUGCAUAGUAAUUCUGAAUUGUUUAUUUAAAAUCUCAUUUUUGAUAAAGGUUCUGUACAUAGCAAAUGAGUAAUUGUCCUUAAAUUAAUAAUGGCAAAUACCUUAUAGCCAUUGGUGGGUUAUGCAUAUGACUUACUUUAUUUGGAAAAUGGAAGUCUAUUUAAUUAAAAUGUAAUUCAUUUGCUUACUUUUUAAACAUGUGAUAUAGUUCAAAAUGUCAAA